AUGCAGGUCAGAAGGCUCCUGAUGAGCAGCGAUUCUCAACUUAUAGUGAAUCAGGUCAAUGGGAACUUCGCGGCCAAGGACAGUAGCAUGGUUCAAACAGGCUCAAGUCCCCCGCCUAGAAAAUAUACAUGUAGACGCCCUGCAAAACUGACUAGCAGCAGGGAUUCAGAGCUGCUAAAGGUUGUCCCUAUUGAGCACUUACCAAAGCCCUCCACUUUCGGAGGUGAAGAGGUACUAUGGAUAGAAGACACCCCAUUAUGGAUGCAGCCUAUCAUCGCCUAUCUGAAAGAUCAAUCCCUGCCUGCCUCUAAAAGUGAGGCGCGAAAGUUAAGAAGAAGGGCUGCACACUUCAUCCUACAGGAAAAUACUCUUUUCAAGAGAGGUUUCGCCUCGACACUUCUCCGAUGCGUGGGGGGUGAAGAGGCCACAUACAUACUCAGGGAAAUCUAUGAGGGAAUUUGUGGAAAUCACUCUGGAGGAAUGGUUUUGGCGCACAAGGUUCUCCAUCAAGGCUACUUCUGGCCGACCCUGAAAAGGGACGCGUACCAGUUUGUCCAGAAGUGUGACAAGUGCCAGCGCUUCUCCAAUAUUCAGAGGCAGCCUUCUUAG